AUGUGCAUCUACCGCAUCCCGCAACACCCCUGGUGUUCCUGCCGGGACCCCAGCGAGACCGACGCCAACGGCAACAUCACCUGCCCGCACCACGUCUGGGUCCUCCCGGAGAGCCCGCACAUCGCCCGCCUCCCGCCGGCGGCGCAGGACCACCUGAACUUCUGCGUGGCCGCGAUCCCCCGCCCGGCCCCCGGCUGGGCUCACUGCGCGACCUACCGCGCGCGGCACACCAGCCGCACGUCCGGCGCCGUCAUCGCCGGCCACGAGCUCGCCUGUCCCGAGACGAUGGCGCGCGCGGAGGCGGCGGCGGCGGCGGCGCCGGGGGCGGGGGCGGGGUGGUGCGGCUACAAGGAGGUGUACCAGUGGGACGGGCUGUGCGGGCACUGCGACCGGCCGGGGCGGGGCGUGCCGCUGGCUGUGGUGCCGCUGCGGCACCGGUUCGAGGUCGACGCGGAGUCGCACAUCUACCACCGCGUGGCCGCCAGGAGGGCCGCGGCGGCUGCGGCGGAGGGGCCCUUCGACGGCGCGGGCGAGCGCGAGCAGGAGGAAAUGGAGGAGGAGGAGGAGGAGCCGUGGCAGGACCUGGUGGCCUGCGGGCUGGAGAUGCCGGACGGCAGCGCGAUCCCCGAGGUGCUGGAGAAGCGCAUCAUCCUGGACCGCAAGGCGGUCGGGCGCGGGGAGGGCUUAUAUGUCGACGUCGUCGAGGGCAUGCAGAUGGGCAAGUGGGAGGUCGAUCUGGACCGCUCGGCCAUCUAUCUGCUGCCUGGGCUGGGGUACGAUCCCGAGAAGGUGCCGGGUGAGCCGAGGAAGGAGGACAACGGCGAGGCGUCAACGCUGAGCUGUGUUGUCGAGGCCGUGAAGGGUAUGGUGGGAAAGAUGUUCUAA